AUGUAUAAAACCUAUCAAAAAAAUCUAAUUCUUAUACAUGCACAAGCGGUACAUUUUGGAACUUUAGCAUAUAUAACAUGGUUUAAAAAACUUGCGAGGGUUUAUGGGUACAACUUAAAUUUAGGAAUCGAUCCAAAAAUAUCUUUUUAUGAAUUAAUUCCAUGGUUUUUUAUUCUUCAACUAUAUGUUGCAUUCAUUCCAAAGGCGAUUAAAGACGAAUCACAUAAAUUAAUGAUCAUUAUAUAUAUCGGAAAUGCUUAUGAACUUUAUUAUAUCAUCGAAAGUCUCUAUAAUCACUGUUCAAAUAACUUAUUAAAUGAACAUAUAUGUGGAUUUAAAUACUUUAUUCAGCAUGAUUCAUGGUUCCAAAUAGUAUUUGUUUUAAGUUUAAUCGCUAUAAUUAUUAUUCUCCUUCAAACAAUGAAUUCAAUAAUUUGUCAUAGAAAUUUUGGAAAUGAUUUGGGAUUUUAUUUGAAAUACCAAGAGUUCACUCCAGAAUUUGAACCUUGCGAUGGUAUCCCGAUUCAAAUUGUUCCAAAUGAUAUCGAAAAUGAGG